CCUAUUCUCAGUUUGGACCAAACCGUUCUCCUAUUCACAUACCAGUAAAACAAGAGCCACAAUCAUGGACAAUCAAGGUUAUGUACCUGAAGACAAAGGAGAAAGAAGAUUCAGUUUAAAUGCAUUGAGAUGCAUGGAACAACCAGAAGAAACAGUAGAUACCAACAAAUACCUCCAGCAACUGUGCAUGAAGAUGAGGUCCCUCAAUAUCCUCCCCCGGCAUAUCCAGGGAAAAUCAAGAACCCUGGCAGGAUCAAGAAAGCUUAUGAUAGCUUUAAACAGACACUGCAAACAAAUAGGAUUACCUCACACUUCUUUCCCCCAAAAGGAGAGGUGGCAACGAACAUAACUCUAAUGAUAGCAGUUGUUAUCAUUUUCUUCUGUGCAAGAGCAGUUUUAGGAAAAUAUUCUGCUCUAGGGGGGACAAUCUUUGCUGUCUUCAUUCUAGUAUUCUUUGCUUUGGUAGCUGGACAGAUAGUCCUGCAGUUUGCAGCACUGAUAUCCAAGCUUGCAGGGUUUGAUAUUCGCAUCCCCCAACUACUUGGAAUGAUGGCUGUUGGAAUCUUUUGUAAAAACGUUCCAUACAAUUCACAUGAAUUCAACAGCCCAGAAUGUUUAAACAGAUCAUUGACCCAAGGUACUAUUCAUGAAGCAUUUCAUGGAAAUAUCAGUGCUCUGACUGGACAUGAUGACCCAAAUGCACAUGGAGUUGUCAUGAAUGUCCAUGAUGCCUUGAAGGAUGAGCAUGAGAGAAUAGUCGAACACCUUGAAAAGACAACAGUUAAUCCUAAAUUCAGUUCAACUGCAAGAAUAUUUCAUGCAAAGGUCCAAGAUUUCAAAUCAUCAACUUCAAAUGAUUCCCAAUCUUCACAUUCAGAACAUUUAGAUGGAGAAGGUAUCAAAUCAAUGCCAGAGUCUGAUGAUCAUCAUCAUAGAGCAAGACGAAGUGGAGGUCAUGAUGAACCUGCUGUAUACCGUGAUCCUUGUGUUAAGAGAUUUAUUGGAGGUGAUGUAGAUCCAACUGUUAAAGGAAUUUUGAGAUCUACAUGUCUAACUGUUAUUCUUCUGAUGGCAGGUCUUGAAUUGGAUCCUCCUCAACUCUGGAGACUUAAAUGGAUUGUACUCAGAACUACCUUCAUACCUUGCAUAGUAGAGGCAUUUGCAGCAGCCCUAUUUUGUUAUCUGAUCCUUGGAUUUCCCUUUCUUCCUGGACUAUGCUUUGGAUUUGUUCUCUGCGGAGUAUCUCCAGCUGUUAUUAUUCCAGGAUUGGUGAAUCUUAGUCAGAGAGGAUACGGAGUAAAGAAGGGAAUACCAACACUGGUUAUUGCAACAUGUUCUGCUGAUGAUCUUGUGGCUAUUGGAGGAUUUGGAAUAGCUGCUGGAAUUACUUUUAAUCCUGAUGCAUCAAUAUCUGAUCUUGCCAGCCAUGGACCUCUUGAAGUGCUCUUGGGGAUUGCAUUUGGAAUAUUCUGGGGAUACAUCUGCCAAUGGUUUCCAAGCAAGCAGAAUGCAAACCAUGUCUUCUUCAGGUGGGUCUUACUGACAGCUGGAGGUCUGUUUGCUCUGUUUGGAGCUCAUAUGGUCCAUUAUGAUGGAGCUGGAGGUCUGGCUUGUGUGAUCAUGGCAUUUGUUGCCUCUAUUCAGUGGAGAAGAGAAGGAUGGGGAGAUCAUAACCCUGUUACAGAUAUCUAUAACAAGGUUUGGAUUAUCUUGUCUCCAGUUAUCUUCUCACUCAUCGGAACCAAUAUCAACGCAGAAAAGAUGGACGGGGCAACUGUAGGAUUGGGUGUUGCUGUACUUUUCUGUUGCUUUAUAACCAGAUCUUUCUUCACCUUUUGGUCAGCUGUUUGUGGAGGAUUAGAAACAAAAGAAAAGUUGUUUCUUUCAAUUUCCUGGCUUCCUAAGGCAACUGUUCAAGCAGCAUUAGGUCCAGUGUUUUUGGAAAAAGCUAUUUAUGCAGGAAUCACAGAGUAUAUACCUAUGGGAGAGACAAUUCUUACGCUGGCUGUACUAUCUAUCGCAAUUAGCGCACCCAUAGGAGCUAUACUCAUCUUGGCACUUGGACCUGUUCUGCUACCAAAUGAUUUUGAGGGUGAGGAUGGUGAAGCAGGCCUUAAGGAAGUUGCCAAGGAGCAUAUGACCGAAGUGAAACAUCACUGAAUCACAUGAUUCUUUAGAAUAACAAAAACUUUAUUUGCGUUUAAUUUAUUUCGGGUUGUGCUAUUACUAUUUAUUCGUUCAAAGGUUAAGAUGGAUUGAUUCUAAACUUCUUGUAAUGUGUUCCUCUUCAUCACAUAUGUAGAUAUUUAAUUUUUCUUGAAAAUAUUAUUAAAUUAACA